AUGUUCCGAACGCUGCUUCGACCGUUCGCAAUAUAUGCAGCUUACUCUCCCAUAGAGACCAUCGUAUUUUUCUUCGUCGUCGGCACACUCGCAUACUUCAAUAUUCUCUCUGCGAUAAAGAACUCCGCUUUUUUGGCCACCCCGUACCCUAGCGGAAACCCCUACGCGUCAACCGAUGUUCUGCAGACGCCCAUAACUGAUUCUUUCGCCCCGGUCGCGGAUGCAUUGGCUACCGACUCUGCUCUCAGUGGUGGGGUGCGCCCCGCUUACGCCGUCUUCCGCAACGAGAAAUGGGUACAAGCCAGGGAGAGUGACUGGAUCUACAGAGAGGAAGAGAAUGUCGAGGGAAGCGUAGAGCUUCAACCGUUGGUCUUUGCUCUCGAGAAGUCAUCCCACCGCAAGCUUACGCUGUUGACACUGCCUCUGGCAUCGUCUCUCAAGAACAUUACUGCCCACUUAACACAUGAACUCGUCUCUGCCAACGGAAACACGUACUCUGCGCUUUGCUAUAGCAGUCCAUCGAAGGAGUCAACUGAAGUCGAGUGCUUCUCCACUCGCGCGCAGCUCUCGCGCUCGGAACGGGCUCUGACCCAUACUCUGACUUUUGUCCCCGGUGGUCGCGAUGAGUUCGUGGAUGCCUUCCUUCACUCGAGCAAGACUCAACGACCAAUGAGUUUCCCCGCCGACAAGUCCGGAACGGAGUAUGCUGUUUUGCCACCAUCAUCGCAGUCUGCUUCAUCUCCGGUUCCGUCCCCUCAUCCUCUUACGCAUUCUCCUUCGACGCACAACACUGUCCAAUCCUAUGGUCACUCUUUACCAUGGUUCGCUUACGCCACUCGUACGCUCGUGCUCAGGUUCUACGACCUCGCUAGCAAGGCUGAUUCGCUGGACAUACUCCUUAUCUUAUUGGGAUAUGUCCUGAUGCACUUGACCUUCAUCUUGCUCAUUCGGCGAUCACGGGCUCUCGGAAGCACUUUCAGCUUACCCGCGGGGAUCCUCAGUAGCGCUGUUCUGGCACUUCUCCUCAGCUUGCCUAUUGCCAUGGCCAGCGGGAUCAGAAUUGAUUUCGUUGCCCUUACGGAGGCGUUGCCAUUCCUCGUUUGCACCGUUGGGUUUGAUAAACCCGUCAGACUGGCCAAUGCAGUCUUCGAACAUCCUGAGGUCUUCCGCACGCUCAACAAUAAGGGGAAGGACAAGCAUGCCCCCCCUCCAGGACAACUCAAGCCAUCCGCGAGGAUCGUUCUUGAAUCACUUUCGGCCGUGUACGCCCCUAUCAUCAGGGAUUACUUGCUAGAGAUUAUUGUUCUCGUUAUUGGUGCUAAUAGCAAGGUCGGCGGUUUGAAGGACGUAUGCGCGUUAGCCGCUGUUGUUUUGGGCAUGGAUUGCUUCCUUAUGUGCACCUUCCUGACCGCAAUCUUGGCAAUCAUGGUUGAGGUUCGCAGGAUCAAGCAAGUCAGGCUUACCUCGCGAUCCCGAAGGAACUCAUUCUCCAACUCGGCUGUGCCAUCGCCCUUCUCCCGUUCAGCGUCUACCCACACUCCUACCAUGUCUACCGUUCGUUCGUUAUCCCGGAAGAUGUCGUCGACACUCCUUGGUGUAAAAGCCUCGAUCGACCAAUCCCGCCAUACGAAGGCCUUGGAGGAACUGGCUGCCAAGCAGGAGAACCCUGUCGCACGCCUCAAACUCUUGCUCAUUGCCAGCUUCCUGACGCUUCACAUCAUGAACCUCGUGACGCCAUUAACGACCCCGGUGAAGCCUCACAAUGCCGUCAGCACCUCUUCAGGUUUCAUCGCCAGGAAGGUCGACAUCACUUCCCCUGCCAUUCGUUCCGUUUUGGACAAUCUCGCCCUGGCUGAGGCUGGCAACGAUGUUGAAUUGAUGGUGAAGGUCUACCCUGCGAUUUCCGUCCGUGUGGUCCCGCCUCCUUCCCUGGACACUGCAUCCGACAACGCUUCCGACUCGUCCGAUUCUAAGUUCGAUAACUUCAUGAGUGGAUGGACGCGUCUUGUGGGUGACCCCGUUCUCAGCAAGUGGAUCGUCGUUGUCCUCGCCAUCAGCAUCAGUUUGAACGGCUACCUACUCAAGGGCAUCGCUAUGGGCAUGGGCAUGCAGCAACUCAGCGCCGUCGCUGGAGUGAGAUUUACUGGUGGCGAAGAAAAGGAGAAGUUGGAGCCAAGCAAGACCGAAGACGUUCGAGUUCAGGAGAAGAAGGAAGUCCCUAAGGAGCAGGAUAUUGCGCAGCGAGUUGUUGUAAGGAGGAAGUCAUCCCUAGCAGACAGCCGAUCGGCUUCUACGGCCAGCGGUGCCCCUGCAGCUGGCGUUCCUGCCGGUUCCAUCCUUCUUGGUGCCGAGCCUGUUGUUGCCCCGAGAUCCCGUCGUUCAUCCAUCGCUCGUCCCACCUCGUCCUCUUCGUCCGAUUCAGACGACAAUGCUCUUCAGAUUAAGCCCAAGUCUAAAGCUACGGAACCCCUCGUCGAUGCUAAUGGAAACGAGAUGGAACAUGUUGUCAUUCGUUCGUUGAAGGAAUGUGUUGAUAUCUUUGAGAAUGGUCCCAAGCCCGCCGCCGUCGCCCUGUCUAUGCUGAACGAUGAAGAGGUUAUCAUGCUCUGUCAAAACGGCAAGAUCGCUGCCUAUGCUUUGGAGAAGGUUCUCGGUUCAACAGAAUUGGAACGUGCGGUGAGGAUACGCAGGGCACUCAUUUCUCGCGCGUCGGCCACCAAGACGUUGGAAUACUCGGACAUCCCCUACUCCCAUUACGACUACUCCCGCGUCCUUGGUGCUUGUUGCGAGAACGUCGUCGGAUAUAUUCCCCUUCCCUUCGGUAUCGCUGGACCUCUGAAGAUCGAUGGCAGACUGGUACCUGUGCCUAUGGCUACCGCUGAAGGCACUCUUGUCGCUUCUACGUCCCGUGGCUGCAAGGCUCUCAAUGCAGGAGGAGGAGUCACCACUGUCCUUACGCAAGACAACAUGACCCGAGGCCCAGCUAUCGACUUCCCCUCCAUCACUGAAGCCGCUCGGGCUAAGGCAUGGAUUGCUUCAGAGUCUGGUUAUGCUACGAUCAAAACUGCCUUCGAAAGUACCUCGCGAUUUGCUAAGUUGAAGAGUCUCAAGACGGCUAUGGCUGGACGCACCCUCUACGUCCGCUUCGCAACGGCCACGGGUGACGCUAUGGGCAUGAACAUGAUUUCGAAGGGUACCGAGAAAGCUUUGGAAGUUAUGCAAGCGGAGUUCCCGGACAUGAUUGUCCUCGCUCUUAGCGGCAAUUACUGCACAGACAAGAAACCCGCGGCUAUCAACUGGAUCGAGGGCAGAGGCAAGAGCAUCGUCGCCGAAGCUGUCAUCCCUGGCAAAGUCGUCAAGAGUGUAUUGAAGACCACGGUCGAAUCCCUCUGCAAUGUCAAUAUCAAGAAGAAUCUGAUUGGUAGCGCGAUGGCCGGCAGCAUGGGAGGUUUCAAUGCCCAUGCCGCUAACAUCCUGACUGCGAUCUUUUUGGCGACUGGUCAAGAUCCCGCCCAAAAUGUCGAAAGUUCGAAUUGCAUAACUCUUAUGGAACCUACUAACAACGGCGAAGAUCUCUUGAUGACUGUCUCUAUGCCUUCUAUUGAGGUUGGAACUGUCGGUGGCGGUACCGUGCUUGGACCUCAAGGCGCUGUUCUCGAGAUGCUCGGCCUCAAGGGCGCUCAUCCUACUCACCCCGGCCAGAACGCCCAAGGCCUCGCCCGUCUGGUUGCUGCAGCUGUCAUGGCCGGCGAACUGUCCUUGAUCAGCGCCCUGGCUGCUGGUCACCUCGUCCGUGCCCAUCUCGUCCACAAUCGCAGCCAGGCCAAUACUCCCGCUCCCUCACAACCUGUCACCCCCGCACCGUCGUCGCCUGUUCUAUCGCUGGCUAAGCCAUUGAGCGCCGUUACCCCAUCAUCGUCAACGAGUAUGGAAACCCUCCCACCGUAUUCUCCAGGUCCUGGUGCCCCGAUACUGGAAAAGAAGGAUUAG